AAGGUGGACCUGCGAGCCAGAGCCUCCGACGCUGCCCAGGGCUUCCCGGAACCCGGGGUCCGCCCGCGGAGGCGGCGGAGACGCGACCUCGCCCCCGACGCGCGCGAGUCCCGCACACAGUAGGCGCGCAGGCGGGCGGAAGGGGGCGCCAGCGCGCGGUAUCCGGGGGCGGAGCCGGUGCAGCCGGCCGGGCAGAAGGGCGCGGGUGGCCGGCGGCGGGCCGCGGGCCGCGAUGGGCGAAGGCGGGCUGCCCCCGGCCUUCCAGCUGCUGCUGCGCGCCUGUGACCAAGGCGACACGGAGACGGCGCGGCGGCUGCUGGAGCCGGGGGCGGCGGAACCAGCGGAGCGUGGCGCGGAGCCCGAGACCGGCGCAGAGCCGGCGGGGGCCGAGGCGGCCGGGCCCGGGGCGGCGGCGGCGGCGGCCGGAGCGCCGGUGCCCGUGGACUGCUCCGAUGAGGCAGGCAACACGGCGCUGCAGUUCGCCGCGGCUGGGGGCCACGAGCCGCUGGUGCGUUUCCUGCUGCGCCGCGGCGCCUCGGUCAACAGCCGCAACCACUACGGCUGGAGCGCGCUCAUGCAGGCGGCCAGGUUUGGGCACGUGAGCGUGGCGCACCUGCUCUUGGACCACGGGGCCGAUGUCAAUGCCCAGAACCGGCUGGGGGCCAGUGUGCUCACUGUGGCUUCUCGGGGUGGCCACCUGGGUGUGGUGAAGCUGCUCCUGGAAGCCGGUGCCUUGGUGGACCAUCCCAACCCCUCAGGCGAGCAGCCGGGGGCCGGGGACAGCAGGGAUGAGCUGCUGGACAUCACAGCCCUGAUGGCGGCCAUCCAGCACGGGCAUGAGGCCGUGGUGCGUCUGCUGCUGGAGUGGGGGGCCGACCCCAACCACGCAGCGAGAACCGUGGGCUGGAGUCCGCUGAUGCUGGCGGCACUCAUUGGGAGGCUUGGCGCGGCCCAGCAGCUGGUAGAGAAGGGAGCCAACCCCGACCACCUCAGCGCGCUGGAGAAGACUGCCUUCGAGGUCGCACUUGACCGCAAGCACAGGGACCUUGCAGAUUACCUGGACCCACUGACCACCGUCAGGCCCAAGACAGAUGAGGAGAAAAGGCGACCUGAUAUAUUCCACGCACUGAAAAUGGGAAACUUCCAGCUGGUCAAGGAGAUUGCCGACGAAGACCCCAACCACGUGAACCUGGUCAACGGAGACGGGGCCACCCCCCUGAUGCUGGCAGCUGUCAUGGGGCAGCUGCCCCUGGUGCAGCUGCUGGUGGAGAGGCACGCCGAAGUGGACAAGCAGGACAGCGUGCACGGCUGGACGGCCCUCAUGCAGGCCACCUACCAUGGGAAUAAGGAGAUUGUCAAAUAUCUGCUAAACCAGGGCGCUGAUGUCACUCUUCGAGCGAAAAACGGGUACACAGCCUUUGACCUGGUGAUGCUGCUGAGUGAUCCCGACACGGAACUUGUUCGACUGCUGGCAUCUGUCUGCAUGCAGGUGAAUAAAGACAAGGGCCGGCCCAGCCACCCGUCACCCCCGCCCUGCUCGAAGGUCCGACAGCCCUGGAGUGUCCCAGUGCUGCCCGAUGACAAAGGCGGGCUUAAGUCCUGGUGGAGCCGGAUGUCCAAUCGGUUUCGGAAGCUCAAGCUGAUGCAGACUCUGCCCCGUGGGCUGUCCAGCAACCAGCCGCUGCCUUUCUGUGAUGAGCCAGAGCCUGUGCUGGACUCCACCAUGCGGGCAGUCCCCCAGGACAAGCUAAGCCGCUCUGGGCUCCCUGACGUGGCCCCCGCAGUGAAAGACAGUGGUCCUGGGAGCGCGAGGGGAGAGAAGGAAGACGCGUUAUUGACAACCAUGCUUCGAAAUGGAGCCCCCUUCACCAGACUCCCGAGUGACAAGCUGAAGGCCGUCAUUCCCCCUUUCCUACCCCCCUCCAGCUUUGAGCUGUGGAGCUCCGACCGGUCCCGGACAUGCCACGAUGGGAAGGCCGACCCCAUGAAGACGGUGCUGCCCCAGAGAGCCAGCAGGAGCCACCCCCUGGGUGGCGGGGGCACAGACACCACUCCUGUCAGGCCGGUUAAAUUUCCAUCUCUCUCCAGAAGUCCAGUCUCUCCAGCCAAUUCUGGAAACUUCAACCACUCGCCUCAUUCCUCAGGUGGCUCCAGUGGGGUAGGGGGCGUGAGCAGGCACGGCGGGGAGCUGCACAGCCGCUCAGGUGGCAGCAUAGACAGUGUCCUGUCCCAGAUCGCCGCCCAGAGGAAGAAAGCAGCUGGACUGUCUGAGCAGAAGCCCGUCCAUCGGUCAAGUCCUGUUGGGCCAGCACCUGGGUCCAGCCCUUCUGAGCAUCCAGUCUCCCCCACAGGUGGCGGUGGUCCCGGCAGCAAGAAACUGGAGACAAGCAAAAGGCCUCCUUCUGGAACAUCCACUACCUCCAAAAGCACCUCCCCCACCCUCACGCCCUCCCCUUCACCCAAAGGCCAUGCCGCGGAGUCCUCGGUGUCCUCCUCCUCCUCCCACCGGCAGUCCAAGAGCAGUGGGGGCUCCAGCAGUGGCACCAUCACCGACGAGGACGAACUGACUGGAAUCCUUAAGAAGUUGUCACUUGAGAAAUAUCAGCCCAUUUUUGAGGAGCAAGAGGUGGACAUGGAGGCAUUCCUCACCCUCACCGACGGCGACUUAAAGGAGCUGGGGAUUAAGACAGACGGGUCCAGGCAGCAGAUUCUGGCAGCGAUUUCUGAACUGAACGCAGGCAAGGGACGGGAGAGACAAAUUUUACAGGAAACCAUUCACAACUUCCAUUCCUCCUUUGAGAGCAGUGCCAGCAACACCAGGGCCCCUGGAAAUAAUCCCUGUACAUGAUCCUCCUUCCUGUGGUCACCAGCGUGAGCUUUCUGAAUCUCGGUGCUGCUUCCGCGCAGCCAGUGCGCCAGCCGCCCUCAGCUCUUCGCCGUUCCCCGAGACACACCGUGCUCUGUCACGCCGCUGCGCCUCAGUCAUGUUGUUCCCUCUGCCUGGAACACCUGUCUCCCCUUCUCCGCUGUAGUGGUGGUGAUGCUCGUGGCUGUAACAAACUCCAACACCCUAGACACUUCAUCUCACAUAAAGUCCGGUACGGCUGCUUCUUGCUUAGCAUGUGGUUUCAUCCAGUGAUUCAGGGGCCCAGCUCCUUUCAUCUGUGGCUCCGCCAUUCCCAGGGGCUUCAGAGUCUUUGCUUCUGGCUGGCAGAAGGGGACGAGGAUAGUGAAGAAGGCACAGCCACUUCUUACUGCCUUGCUCCUGAAUGCUCACAGCCCACGGCUCCUCCUGCUCGCAUUCACCGGCAGUCAUGUGGCCACCCCUGGUACAAAGGACACUGGAAGAUGUAGUCUUUGUUCAGGUGGUGGCCUCUCAGCAACGACUCUGUCCUUUGGUGGGGAAGUACAUAUUUUCUGCACGUCCUCCCUUAAAACUUCUAACUUGUCCCUCGCAGCCUGAGUCACCUGUCAAACAAAGCCUUUUCAUGAUUCCCUGACAUGUAACUAACCUGUCUGGCCACUGGGAUCACUGCUUUGUGUACCCCUCUGCCUUGGCCCGUCACGUGCCUACUGCACACAACACGCAACAGGACGUGUGUGUCGGGUGCACUUUUUCUUCACUGCAGAGGCAGCCUUCUAUGUGGGAAAAGGGGGAGGAGGCUCCCUGUCUGAUCUUGCAGGAUCCCUUCUUUCUGGCUGUCAGUUUCCUGGCCCGUGGUCGGACAAGGUGACACUCACACUCCACGCCGCUCCUCCCAGAUCGCGCUAGGGCUUUCUGCACUUCAAGUGGGAGCAAAAGACCCCAGUAUAUCACAUUGCGGAAGGACUUCGGUGCUCACGUUUUCUAGGCAGAGCAGCAGAGGAUUGGGAAUUUUUUUUUCUAGACUCUGUUAAUGCUCUGUUCCUCAGAAGGGCAUCGGUUCAUGUAGUUUUCUGCCAUGUUCUAUUACAUGAGAAGGUCUCUGACUUUUAAACCCAGAGCUUUCUGGGGCGUUUUCAAGUGAGUGAUUCGCUCGGCCAACACUCGCUGCACUGCUGUCUUGCUGGGUGCUGGGAGGACAGAGAUGAGCCACAGCCAGUCCCCACCCCUGAGGACCUCAGGAGGCAAGGUGAAGGGAUGAUCUGAACCCGACCAUACGAGGCAGCACGGGGGAGUGGGAAGAGCCUGUGCCCUGGACUAAGGCUCAGAGUUCAGAUCCAGCCCUGCGGGUGGCCAGCUGGGUAGCCAGGGGUGGGUUACUUCACCUCUUAAUUGGAGCUCAGAGCCGGAGUGCUUACGUACGUGGUCUGCAGAAUAUACCCAACAGAUGGCAGCCUUCACAGAAUUCUGAUUUUUACUGUGAGCUCUGCAGGCCGCAUGCUGGCUCCCUGGGGGUGGGGGUGGGGGGAGUCUCUCGUCUCUCCCACCCCCAGAUAUGAACACCCAUUUCUGCUCUGCUGGCUGCUAGAGGCAGUCACUACUGCUUCGUCCAGAGCCCGACCGUGUUCUCCCUCUGCCUGUCGGUUCAGUGGGUGUCGCUCCUUCAUCCUCCCACCUGCUGAAGCCAACUUUCCACAUGACUGGAGAGCAAAGGUUUCAUUUUUAGCCACCACUGACAGACAUCUUUAUAAUUGUUCCUCACGUCCCAGCCUUCUCUAAGGAGACACCGCCAUUGGGCACCUACUAGUGUGUGCAGCAGCUUGACCUCAGCCUCAUCCGUCCUCACUGCUGCUCUGAGGGCGGGCAUGGUUUAACCCCGUCCUGCACUUUGGGGAAGUGGGCCUGGAGGGGUGAAGCUGCAAGCCAAUUACACACUGGCUGGAGCAGACCGGCUUAGAACUGGACUAGAGGGCUGCCGAGCUGUGCAUCUUCCGAGGAUUCACACAGGCUUCUGGAGCUAGAAGUACCGGGGAUUCUUGCUGACUUAACGUGCUCAUAUCUUCAGGGUUUAUGGACAGGCCUCGAGCUGUUUGCCCGUGAAAUACAUGGCCUCUGAGUUAUGUGCCUUGAGGUUCUGUACCAGAUUUUCACUGUUUGUUCUUUUCAUAAGCCCAUUAUUAGUGUAGCUUCUACUCAGGUAAGUUUGAUCAAACACCCACAAUAUGCAAGAGCUACGCUGGGAAUCUGCCUUCCACAAAUGCACACCUCCACUAUCUCACCCAAUGACCCCAGAGAAGGGCUGAUUAUUCCCACUUUGCAGAUGGGAAAACUAAGGCCCAGAACGGAUGCUUCCCUUGUAUUUUUACCUGGACUCAAGUGGUUCUAAGGCUUUUUCUCCCAGGAAGUCUGUGUGCUGGUUGGUAAGAGAUCCCU